GUCGAUACCGGAAACAUGAAGCCCAAUGCACCAUCUUGGAAAUCUCCUUAUGGUAUCACUUUUCCCCGUAAACCUUCCGGCCGUUAUUCUGAUGGCCUCGUCGCCACUGAUAUUUUAGCAAAACAGUUGGGAGCUGAAUUGCCGUACCUCUGGAGAACUCACGGGAAAAAUAAAAAUAAAUUAGACAGAGGAAUGAAUUUUGCGUUUGGAGGGUCCGAAGUGUUCGACUCUCCGGUUGAUCGAUCGCCCAACAUCUCUACUCAGGUAGGUUUCUUGGUUAACCUUGCCCUCGCCCGCCGUGUCUACACUAUCGACGGUGACCUUGCUUCCUCCUACGCUCUCCUCAGCUACUCCGGCAUCGACUAUUACGGUUUCAUUGACAAAAACCCUAAUAUGGCUGCCUACCCAGCCUUUGUAGAGUUCAUCGUGGAAGAUAUACAAUAUAGUCUAGGGAUAAUGAACGGACUAAAGUUUAAGAAUAUAGCAGUUACGUCGCUGCAUCCGCUGGGAUGCCUCCCACGUGUCACCGUUGAAUCCUCCUUUAGGAGUUGCAACGAGUCAUAUACCGAUUUGGUGAGACUCCACAACGAGUCGCUGAAGAAAGCCGUAGCCAAGCUUAACAAAGAGGACAAGUUUAGGACCAAAGGGGACCGUUUCGUCAUUGUUGAUCUUCACAAAGCCUUCAUGGCUGUCUUGGAGAAAAAGGGGAGCAAGAGGUUUAAAACCCCGUUGAAGCCGUGCUGCGAAGGCGAUUGUGCACGUGUGGAUAUGAAGGGUGCGAAGAAGUACACUUUAUGUAAUGAUCCUAAGUCUGCUUUCUUCUGGGAUGAAAUUAACCCAACUCAAGAAGGAUGGAGAUCGAUUUACUCGGAAUUAGGCAAAUCUCUAACCGAGUCUUUAAUUUGA